CAAAUCUCCGCCGCGGCGUAAUGGUGGGAGACGUAUGUAUAUGUUCUUGAUUAUAUUAGAUUGUACUCAAUCCAGUGGCGUAUAUGUGUGUGCUCUUACGUAUUAAACACGCUCUCGACAUCCAGAUUUUCCACGUAUAUACCAAGUGCAAGUGCAUGCUUAGCCUGUUAAUCCACCAAGGAAUUGUCGCAAUCCCCUUCACGUUUAUCGCCACUAGUUUCCGUUGUAGCUUUUUUACCCCGCUGCCACUAAAAGCCCGAUUGAUUUAAUUCUUAACCAAUAUUCUUUGGCCUUGAGGCGCACAAACACUGCGGCGCCAAUAUUGACUUCAUAGUGCGCAUGUUUGCUGUGUAGCGACGCAGUCAUCGUUUUCUGGGUUACAGGAUCGCAUCUCGUCUCAGAGGAAGUAUAAAUCCCGGCUGGUCUUAUCAUGGCGACACAAUAAUUUGAAUACAGCCAUUCAUGACCUUGUAUAAGGUCAAGGCCUCCUAAGUAACUUCCACUGUCAUUAAUAAGGCUUACGCUGGUGACCUUUCGGUUUUGUAUUGCUUAUCCUUUCGCAUUAGUUAGUACAGUUUAGUGAGAUGGCCGUAAAAGUUCAUCCCGUAUUUGUUUCCUGUUUAAUCGUCCUGAUAACGCAGCACUGGACGUUAAGCUGGGCGCAGAAACGUGCCCGUCCCGCUGUCGCUGACUUGGAGAUGCUUAUCGCCAACGAUUCACCGAGUGGCCUGUCCAAUUCCGAAACUGGUGGACGCGGUUACGAGAACCUGGUCAAUCUGGCUGAAACGCUAAAGCGGCUCCAGGAGCUGGAGAAAUACGUUACACACCAAGCGCGUCCCAGGUAUGGACGCAGUGUUCCUGUGGAGCCCCUUGAUCAACCGGAUGGCAGUGGUGUUGAACAGUCGUCACCCGAUACCAAACCGCGCUCGCCUUACCGGCGCCGGCGUUCGAUCGCAGCCCAGUUUUCCUGAUCGGAGAUGCUCUUUGCUGCUGGAUGGCCAAAUUAUGGCAUGCAGUUCUGGCUUCUGCUGUGUUACAUAAUUCUAUUCUUAGCCCUUGGUCAUCCUGCCCAUUUACAAUAUAUCCGUGCUGUAGCCCCGUCGAAAAAAGCAGCCAUUACCGCGCUUGACCUUUGGCUGGUUCAUUAACGAUCCAUUUCCGCCGGCCGUUUUAUAUAUGGCACAUCGACCGUUUUAUUGGUUUACAUACUGCCAAUCCGCUCCGUUCUGAUUUAUGGUACUGUCGGCACUCCAAACCGUGACCUCUGCACUUUGAUUUUUUACUACACAUUCGUUGUGCAUCCUGUUACUUUAAUUAUACCCUCUAGUCCUAAUACACAUGACACUUUUGCCCACUUAUAAUAAUUGUAAUAAUCUUCUGCUAUAAUGUUUUGUUUAAUAAGAUAUCGAUUAUCUCGUAUGAAAAUGACUUAGGAUUUUACUAACCGAAUUUAUGUUUGUACGGCCCUGCCAAAUGCUGCGCUACAAAGACAAUGCAUAGUAACUGUGUUGUUCCAGAACUCAAUCUACAUAGUGUUCAUACUCGUACAAUGACAUGUUAAAGUCAGAUGUGCGAGAACUUGCUCCGUAAACAGACACUGUUUUUGGCAUGCAAUUAAAGUUAUAUGUACAUGAUAGCCC